CUCUCAGGAUGGAGAUCCAAGACAGAACUGAUCUCUGUUUCCCACAUCUCCUCAACAGCUCCUGCAGGAAGCCCAUACUUCACUGGUCUGAAGCCGUUCUCCUGAACUCUGUAAUGUCUUUCAUCUCACUGAUCACCGUAGCGUUCAACCUGCUCAUCAUCAUCUCAGUCUCCCAUUUCAGGCAGCUUCACACACCCACUAACAUCCUCCUCCUCUCUCUGGCUGUGUCAGACUUUCUUGUUGGUCUACUGUUGAUGCCUUUAGAAAUCUACAGAAGCACAGCCUGCUGGUUUCUUGGUGAUGUCGUCUGUGUUUUGUACUUUUAUCUAGUUGUUCACAUAGUCUGUGUUUCCACUGGGAACAUUGUUCUCAUUUCAGUCGACCGCUACGUUGCCAUUUGCGACCCUCUGCAUUACCCCACCAGAAUCUCCAUGGCAAAAGCCAAAUGCUGUGUGUGUGUGUGCUGGCUGUGGAAUGCCCUCUACGGUGUGUUCUUUUUGAAGGACGACAUGAUUCAACCUGGAAGAAGUAACUCCUGCACUGGAGAAUGUGCACUUCUCAUUAACUUUGUUGCUGGAACUCUCGAUGUCGUUUUGAACUUUGUGUUUCCUUUGACCAUCAUCAUAGUUCUCUACAUGAAAGUGUUUGUGGUGGCCGUGUCUCAGGCCCGUGCCGUGCGCUCUCACGUUGCAUUUUUCACAUUCCAACAUCCACAAAGUUCAACAGCGACAAAAUCCGAACUGAGAGCAGCCUGGACGCUCGGGAUUCUUAUUGUCAUAUACCUUGCAUGUUUCUGCCCCUAUUGCUUUUAUUCUCUUAUUGAAGUUAAUCAGUCCAGCACGUCUCAUGGCUCACUUGUGGUUUUUCUGUUUUAUCUAAACUCCUGUCUAAACCCUGUGAUCUAUGCGCUGUUUUACUCGUGGUUCAGGAAAGCCAUCAAACACAUCAUCAGUCUGCAGAUACUGGAGCCGGGCUCCCGUGAGGCCAAUGUACGGUAAUGAAGUCCAGUGGGUUUUCAUUCAUCUGUCUUUCAAUGUUUGCAAUGUUUCAUUUAACUUUAAACAUUUAAUGUUUGUAUGAUUACAAGAGAAAAACAAAGGCAUGUUUUUUUUGUACCUUCUUUCAAUUUUUAUGAGAAACCAUUAGGUCAAUUCUUCAUUAAAGGUUGUUGUGACGAUAUAUUUUCAUUUGGGAUCAGAACCGUUUUCUUGGUAGGAAAAGGAGGCACACAGACACAAUUUUUUGUCUCAUUCAAAUAAAUCUGCCCAUAUCGAUC